AUGUCGAAAACAAGCACUGGCGAAACCCCUUUCAGCCUAGUCUAUGGCUCAGAGGCGGUUAUCCCAACCGAAAUUGGCCUUCCCUCACCGUGCUUGACAGCAGUCACUACAAUCAAUAACGAGGCAGAGUGUCGUCUUGACUUGGAUUUACUCGAAGAAAGGCGUGAAAUUGCUCGAAUUAAAGAAGCCAAGUACAAGACACAGCUGGAAAGGUAUUACAAUGCAAGAGUGCGCAUUUGUACCUUCACUCGAGGAGAGUAUGUCUUCAGAGACAAUGAAGCUUCAAACGCUGAACGCCCAGAAAAGCUAGCACCCAAUGGGAAGGCCCAUACUUAA